AUGGACUUCAAGUCUGCCACAAAUAAUUACCCUCAACAUGAUUCCCAUAUCUCUCCCCCCUGUAACUUCACUGUAAACAAUCUGUCUCCAAUCACAGACUACACCAAAGUAAGUUUUGAUGGAGCUUGGCUUGUUGUCUUGUGCUCGGCGAGUCUUGGAGUGAUAAGAAAGAUUGUUGAUGGCCAUUUUGGAGGAUGGCUUGUAGAAAAGAAAAUUGUAUCCUCUGCUCUAUGCGCUGAAGUAGAGGCAGCCCUACUUGGUAUUUCAAUGGCACGAGACUUGGGAGAUUGUAAAGUCAUUUUCAAAUAUGACUCCAAAAUCUUGGUCAAUAGUAUUAACGGUAAUAUGGGCAGCGACGCUUGGACCAUCCUUCCACUUAUCAGGGAGAUUAGGAGAAGAUCAUCCUUCUUUGAUUCUGCAGAGUGGCGAUGGAUUCCACAUAACUAA